AGACCUAGUAGCUGUGGAAACCAUGGCCCUGAGUGUCAUGUGUCUGGGCCUUGCCCUGCUUGGGGUCCUGCAGAGCCAGGCCCAGGACUCAACUCAGAACUUGAUCCCUGCCCCAUCUCUGCUCACUGUCCCCCUGCAGCCAGACUUCCGGAGCGAUCAGUUCCGGGGCAGGUGGUACGUUGUGGGCCUGGCAGGCAAUGCGGUCCAGAAAAAAACAGAAGGCAGCUUUACGAUGUACAGCACCAUCUAUGAGCUACAAGAGAACAAUAGCUACAAUGUCACCUCCAUCCUGGUCAGGGACCAGGACCAGGGCUGUCGCUACUGGAUCAGAACAUUUGUUCCAAGCUCCAGGGCUGGCCAGUUCACUCUGGGAAAUAUGCACAGGUAUCCUCAGGUACAGAGCUACAAUGUGCAAGUGGCCACCACGGACUACAACCAGUUCGCCAUGGUAUUUUUCCGAAAGACUUCUGAAAACAAGCAAUACUUCAAAAUUACCCUGUAUGGAAGAACCAAGGAGCUGUCCCCUGAACUGAAGGAACGUUUCACCCGCUUUGCCAAGUCUCUGGGCCUCAAGGACGACAACAUCAUCUUCUCUGUCCCCACCGACCAAUGCAUUGACAACUGAAUGGGUGGUGAGUGUGGCUGACUGGGAUGCGCAGAGACCCAAUGGUUCAGGCGCUGCCUGUCUGUCUGCCACUCCAUCUUUCCUGUUGCCAGAGAGCCACCUGGCUGCCCCACCAGCCACCAUACCAAGGAGCAUCUGGAGCCUCUUCUUAUUUGGCCAGCACUCCCCAUCCACCUGUCUUAACACCACCAAUGGCGUCCCCUUUCUGCUGAAUAAAUACAUGCCCCC